ACUCUUGAAAAUGUGAGAACAUUUCCAAAUUCUGUUGUCCUCAUCUGUCCGAAUCCAAACUUAAGUUCGGGGAAUUGGAAGGUAAGGUACGUUUUACAGCAAUGGAAUUAAUGGAGGAAAGAAUUCGAAUGACGAUGACUAGUUCUCAAAGAACUUGAAGGACUCAGCCCAUGAACAUGGAUCCAUAUCGCCUGAAACUUUUGGAACUGUCAAACGAGAUCACCGAACGAGAACUUGUUGAAUUAAAGUUUAUAUGCAAGCAGCAUAUUCCUGUCGGGGUACUUGAAAGAAUUCAAAGACCCCUUGAGUUGUUCGACGAACUUGAAAACAGGAAUUUGUUGAGUCCGGAUAACAAGGAAUUUUUGGCCGCCAUAUUCGCUGGAAUCAAUCGUCUGGAAUUGAGAGCUGAUCUUUUAGGUAAGAGUUGCAAUAAGAGGCUUUAGUCGUAAAUUAAUUCAUUUUCCAAGGGAUUUGUUUUGAGUUGCCUGAUCGGCUGCUGUUUUUGGUGUAUUAAGAGUCAAACUUGAGGCGAAGCUGUCUUCGGGGGUCUGAGAAGGAGAAAUAAUGCAUAUCACGUAUUAAUCAAAGGGUGCCUAGAAUCAAUAUUUGAUUCUCCUCAUUACAAUUCAACAACAGUAAACACUGCCGUUUUUAUUGAAUAAAGUUUUAAACAUUUCAUUCUCAGAAUGAUAUUUCCCUUAAAACCAUGAGAUUGGGAGUCUUGUCGUAAGAAAAGCACAAAAAGAAAAUCUUGAGACUCACAGCAGAAUAGUGAGCUUGGACCAGCUUGGGAGUAGAAGAGCGAGUGCUGAUCUUUUAGUCAUGUUUAUCACCUUGACUGGUCAUAAAGCUUCAAAAGUUCGUCAACUUCUGUCUCAAAGUUAUCCGUAGUCCUAAUUUGAAGCGUAAAAAGUCCACAUGAAGAGAACUUAUUGUCCUGUGAAAGGUACAAAAUCAUAACAUCAAAAGCUUUGGGCACAAUUGUACGCUCAGCAAGUCUUGAUCGCAAAACAUGUACAGGAACAAUCAAUCCAUGACAGUUGUCGUUUUGAUACCGACUAAUUACGAAAAAUGUCCACACCUGAGUGACACAUUUUCGUAUCGCAGUGCCCACAAUAACUUGUUCCUUACACUAUGCAUAAUCCACAAGUCGAAAAGUGCUCUUCACUCUAAGCGAUUUCACCUUUAUCAAAUGUUUUGGAUUUCCUUAAUGUAUACCACACGCACACGCUGUUCGUCACUAAUAGAGUGCAUGGGUCACAAGGUUUGGGAAAUUGUCCCCACAUCAUUAUAGGGAACCCCCUGUUAACUCUUAGGGACCUAUUGAAUUCCUGCUUAUGAUUGGCUGGGAAAAUGUCUCUGGGUUUGAGAGAAAGGGUGUAUACGUUACAGGUCAAAAUGAAAUUCAAGUCUGAAUUUUUUUGUCUCCUAGCCGUACUUGUUCAUGAAUUAGGACUAGGAGAUGAAAUUGGGAAUCAACCUAAGUUUAAAAAUUUGAACCAGAAUUUAAUUUUGAUCUGUAACAUAAUUAUGUACAGUGUAGGUCUAACCAGUGGCAGACAUAACGUGAUCUAAUAAUGAUGUUUAUUACAGGUCAGCCAAGAGAAGGCAGUAGCUCUCCUCUGACUCUAUAUCAGCAAACAUUAUUUGACCUGUACAAGGAUAUCAUUGGUUGGCUUCAGCCUCUUACAUGGAACAAAUCAUUUCUUAUCCACAUCAAGCACAUUUACACCAACCUCCAGAUGAUCACUCGGAGACAGACCGGGCGAGUUACAAAGCGAGAGCCCUUGGAGACGUAUGUUGAAAUCUUCAAUACUCGGCCAGGUUCCUCCAAGAUGAGGCGCAUCCUCAUAGAGGGACAGGCAGGUGUUGGAAAGACUACAUUUGUGUCACUUAUGGUGUAUGACUGGGCUUGUGCUAGUCCAAAUUUGCAGCAUUUUAAGCUUGUCCUGUUUAUGGAGCUUAAGCAAAUGAAAGGGAAUUUGAAGAACGAUAUCUAUGAGCUACUUUUCCCAAGAGACUUCUACUAUUCAGCAGAUCACCUUUUCCAGUAUAUCACUGCCAAUCAAGAAAGCGUUCUCUUUAUCCUUGACGGUUAUGAUGAAGUGAAUCCUUCACGGCUGCCAGAAGUAGAAGAUCUGAUCAUGGGCAAGAUCUUCAGGAAUGCAACAGUUAUCGUCACCUCAAGACCUGGGAAAGGAUCAAGGGUGCACUGGUUCAUGGAUUCCCGCAUUGAGAUCACAGGCUUUACCAGUGAAAAUAUCCAUGAGUUUGUCUUUAAGUACUUCCAAGAUGAUGCUCCCAUGGCUGAGAGCUUAGUCGCUCAACUUGAGAUGCAUCCUGUUGCAGAGCACAUUGCAAGAAUUCCGCUCACGGCGAUGCUCAUCUGUGCAAUGUGGGAGGAGAUGCCUCAAGCAGCAUUGCUUUCUUCAGUAACGUCUCUUUUCAUUGAGCUAACUCUCUUGCUUGUAAAGAGAUACUACUCAAGACAGGAUGACCAGAGCAGUUUUGAUCCAGAAAAUCUGUGCUCAUUGGAAGACAUUCCAGAUGAUCUCUUCCAAAGUUUGCUAUCAUUGGGUGAGGUUUCACUAAACGGAUUGCUGAAUGAUGAGUUACUUUUUGAUCUGCAGAGGCUUGAGAAAAUUUGUACCAACAAGGGUGCACUGGACAUUGGAUUCCUCUCAAAGGAAGCUGGAUCAUCAAGGCUCAAGCCAGUCCAGAAAUGCCGUUUUUCACACAGAUCUUAUCAGGAGUUUCUGGCCGCCCUUUGGUUGAGCCACAAAAUCAAACAGGCUUUGAAAGAUAGGUCAGUUUUUGAAGAUGUAAGUAUUUACAUCAUGAACUGCCUAUCAUCAGAACUGAACCAAGUCCUGUUUUUGUUCACUCCUGGAUUACUGGGAGAUGGAUUCCAACCUUUCUUUGAGCUCUUGUUACAAGAAGGAAGUAUGGAAGUCGUGGAGAAUGAAAGCUUGAAGCAGUCAUUCUUUGAAGUUUGUUUAAUUUCUCUGUACGAAUCCAAUCAAGGGCACUUAGCAUACAAGCUGGAACCCCAAAUGCCGUGGGGCAUUGUUGAGCUUGAUCACUUUAAUGCCACGCCGUACAAGCUGAGAGCUCUGGUGUACUUCUUGUCCAACAGCCAUUCAGUGACCUCGUUAGAGUUAAAUGACAGUCGAGUGGAUGCCAAAGCUCUUCAAGUACUGGCAAGAUUUCUUCCAGAAAUGGUCUCUAUCAGAGAGCUGCAUUUGACAUCAAGCAGGAUUACUGAUGCUUGUUUGACUGCAUUUGUGAGCUCACUUUCUACUGUGCCGCAGUUGGAGAAACUCCAGCUAACAAGCAACCUUAUUAGUGAGCAUGGCUUAGAAAUCCUCAUCUCAGCCUUUAAGGAUCUUCCAAACUUGCGACAAUUGGAUGUCCAAGGAAACAGGAUUGCUGAAGCUGGGUUUGGCGCUUUAGUCCCUGCGAUUACACUCCUGCCAAAUCUGGAAGAACUGUCUCUUGGAACCCCUGUGCUCCAUACUGAACAACUUCAAGCAGAAGCAGGUUAAACUAAUUUAAGUAACUUCAUAUUUAACUGUACCUGCCUAAAAUCUCAGACAAUUGCUGACAGAACAUCUGUGUUAUAGACAGUGGUCCCCACUGACCACCCUGUAUAUUCAACGACUUCACUAUUACGACUGUACUCUUUUGCCCAAAAUAAUUUAGUAAAAACAAUGAGCCACUUUUUUGAUCCCAAACCUUGAUUACAUGGCAACCUUGCUAAAAAAUGUUAGCUGAUUUUCACGGCCCUUGGAGAGUCCCAUAUACAGAGUUUCAUACCACAGUUAAAAUAGUUAAAAUAAUAAUGUGAAAAAUAUUUUAAAUUUUGUUUCAAGGUGAAAAGGCUCACCCAACAGCUGAAGGUGAAUGUGCUACCACUUUGAGUGACGAGACAUUCAUAUCAUUAAUGAAGGCUGCUCAUUCUCAUAACACUCUUAAAAUUAUCAAGUGAGUACUCUGAUUUCCAACUGUGUUUUCUCUAUGUAGCUCCCAGCCUGUAAUGAGGCCCUCCCCACUUCUAAUAGUCCCCCAGCCUGAAGCACCAAAAAUGAAAUUAACCAGGGGUGUCAUUCCUUUUUAAAGCCACGUAGCCUCCAAAGGAUAUGUUAGAGCCCUUUUGGUCCAAAAUUGGUCAUAGAUUGCACCCAUUGUCAUCUGAAAUAGGGUAUCAAAGUUUGCACUAGAAUUGGGUUUGGAUAUAGAAGAUGCAGGUUUUACUUUUAUUGACUCUUUUAGAUGUGUCCUUUGAUUAAUUUGAAGCAUAUCUCAGAUGACAAUGCAUGCAAAUUGAAGCAGCUGUUUGAUAGACUGUAGCUGGGAGAACUAAUAUUAAUUUGCUAUUGGAUUUUGUUUAAAUAAUAUACCUGUUAAAAAUAUCUCUUUUUCAGGCUCAGUCAAGGUGCAGUUCCAGAAGGGAAAGAUCCAGCGGAGUUUGAGUGUCUUAAAGUUUCAUAAAAGCUGUGCAACUUCAACCUCUCCUCACUGUACUUUGCAGUUCUGCUUGAUAUCAGAUGCAAUUAAAGGAUUGUACUGUGAGCCCACAGUCAAUUUUGUGGUAGUAUAUCUACUAGUAAAACUGAAAAUAAUCUCCAUGAACAGUGUAAUAUUCCCAAUUUUAAAUUAUGUAUAUUUCAGUGUAUCAGUUUAGGAAAAGCGAUGUUAAUGGAUAAUUACAUCACUUGAAAUACACACUGCCUUCAUUUAUUUGCCCAGAGGGUACUUCCUAUAAUGCCGGAAAGGGG